UUGCUUCAUUCAUUAAGUGGCUCACACAUGUGUGUGUGUGUGUGUGUGUGUGUGUAUGUGUUUUUGUGUGAAUGUGCAGAACAGUUUGCCGUGUGUAAUAUGGGUCUUUUUGAAUGCUGUUGAAAAAAAAAUCGGUGCGACCAAUAAGAGUGAACAAAACUCGGGUCAAAACGAGAAAUCCGAAAAUCACACUCAUACAAGCAUACACUAAAACUCAGACGUCGUCGUGUGUAUGUCAGAUACAUUUCAAAUACAUAAACAUUAUAAAAAUGAAAAUAAAAACCAUCCAAAGUGGUAGACCAAGUAAAAACGCAUACGAAGCAAUUUGUUAAUUCGAAUCGAAACAUAAAAUUCAUUUGGGAUUUUAUUAUUGUGGUUGUUGCUGUUGCUGUUGUUUAUUAAUGUAACUAUACGAUUUAUUGAAAAUAUCCCUAAAACAGUGAACUAAAUUUUUGUUGGUGUGCUUCAACAAAUGCAAUAUAAAGCAUCCGAAAAUUGUGCAACUUGUGUAUGAAAAAUUGACAAAAUUUAUAGGAAUGAAAAAAAGUGACAAAAUUUCAUAAGUGAAACUGCUAUUUGUUGAAGUAAUGUACGCAAUGAUGUGUUGUAUAGUUGAUGGCUGAUCAAAAUUGUAGCCCUUUUUCUGUGUGAAAAAAUGCUCCUGCAUGCAAGCGUAUAAACAUUUUGCAUAGGUUUAUUGUUUCCAAAAAAUGACACGAAAUACUUCUAGAUGUAGAACACAAAAAAAACUAUUAGUUUCUAUUAUUCGUACCGAAAAGAGAGGAAUCAAUUGUUUCCUUCCAGCUACAGAAAAAAUAAACAUUUUCUUAUAGUCAAUACUUUUGGUUUUGUUCGUCUGGCAGUCCAAAUUACGAUACAGUUACCAUUGAAAUCUGUUCUGAAAAGAAAGCAACUUCUAAGAUGACACUCGAUGUAUUCGAUCAGACCGUUCGACGAUCGACACAUUUUUGAAAAAUUCGAGUUUUAUAUGAUUCGAAUAGAACACGUUUAGAAGAUUUAUGUAAAAACUGGAAAACCGGAUUCGUCAAAAUCCAAUUAGAUUUCAAUUGAAAAAUGGGUGCAACAAUGGGGAAAAAUGGAACUAUUUUAGAAUCAUUACCAUCAACACAUGGGACACUGCAUAUAGCGAUGCUUGGUUUGGAUUCAGCCGGGAAGACAACUGCAUUAUAUCGUCUUAAAUUAGAUCAAUAUUUGAACACAGUGACAACAAUUGGAUUUAAUUGCGAAAAGGUACGAGGAGCAUUGGGUAAAGCAAGAGGGGUACAAUUUCUUGUUUGGGAUGUUGGUGGACAGGAAAAACUCCGGCCACUAUGGCGAAGUUAUACAAGGUGCACGGAUGGUAUUAUUUUUGUAAUCGAUUCUGUAGAUGUAGAACGUAUGGAGGAAGCCAAAAUGGAGUUGAUGCGGACGGCAAAGUGUUCAGAGAAUCAUGGUGUGCCCAUUUUGAUAUUCGCCAACAAACAAGAUCUGCCUGGAGCCAAAGAACCAAAAGAAUUAGAGAAAUUGCUUGGUCUGCAUGAACUAUCCUUUUCAGCGAUCUCGCCGCAAAUGAUAAAAUCAUCAUCGACUUUACCGGUGGCAAAUAUCAGUACUGCCCAUAAGCCUGUGGAUACUCGACUAAAUAGUCUCGAUAGUAAAGGCACGGAUGUUUCAUCGAACUGUUCAAGCACACCACCACCGCACACAUCAACGUCAACAUCAAGUUCUGCAUCGCCUCAUCAUGCCUCGUCGACGAUAUCAUCUACGUCCUCAUCAAGCACAUCGAAUGCAACAUCAUUUAAGGGCUGGUAUAUUCAACCCGCUUGCGCAAUAACUGGCGAUGGUUUGCAAGAAGGUUUAGAGGCGCUCCACGAAAUGAUUCUCAAAAAAAGAAAACUCAAUAAAGCACACAAAAAGAAGCGAUGCUGAAAUAACAAUGUAUAAGGGUCUUUUGCUUGUGUCAAUUUCAGUUUUGACCAAAGGCAAAUUUAAAUUGAACCGAACAUCGGUACAUCCGUACCUUCAUCGAUUUGUGUAAAGCCAAACAAGUGUUAGAGAAUUAAGUGAAAUACGUUUUCUUUUUUUUCCUAAAUAGAGAAUAGAUACGACGAUUAUCCAUCAUAAUUACUUACGAGAUUGUUAUCAGUUAUAUUAUUAUGUUGUCAUUUUUGUAAAUAGCGAAUGUUUCAAGUACUGGCGUGAUUUAAAAGAUAAAACUAAUUACCUAAGAGAAUAUCUAUCAACUUUUGAUGUAUUUUGAUUGUUUUUUUAUUUCAGUUUUAACUUGCUUUCGUUUGUUGAAUCGAGUUCUGUGAUGUGAUGUACGAAAAAAAAAGUUCGCCGUGGUAAAUAAAAUUAACAAAUGUCGUUACAUACAUUCGUCUGAGGCUCAGUCAAAUGAAUUAUCGGUUUAAGACAAGGAAAACAAGAAAACUUGAUUUUUAUUUCUUUUGGACACAGAUAGCCCAAAAGGGCGCACCAUAUGUUAUCAUAAAUAAAGAUUUUUAACUUGAAAAACACACAA